AUGUGCUUCCACAUCAUCCCUCUCUGUCCGGGCUGUGAGGAGCCAAGCGGACUUGGCGAAGAAGUCAUCUACUCGGACGAGAUCUGCUGCGGCCACUGCCCGCCCGAAGAUGUUUGCGGCUCUACCACUCGAUUCAUGACCAAGCGGGAAGUUGACCAUCCCGACUUUGAGUGUUCGACCCCUGGCUGUGGAGAGGUUCGCACCAUCCUCACGGCCGACCAGGAAGAAGCAGAAAUCCAGCGGGCAAGAGACCAUGCCAAGCGGUUUCUGAGGGAGACACACGAAGGCUGCUUGUCGCUCUGCAUUCUUCCAUUCAUUGAUGAACCGACUCCAAGUAUUCCGAAGAGCCCCGAACUGCCACUUACCAGCUUCCGGCCUGUCAACAAGCCAAAUACUUCUGGCUUGCACGGAAAAAACGUGGCCAGCAGUGGACUCGUGAGGAGGAAGUGGUCUUAUGGAGAUUGCGGCGGCAGGGAAUGGAGUUCAAUCAGAUCGCGAGACGAAUCGAUAGGACAGAACGUGGAUGCUACGACCGAGGAUAGGAUUUCUGAAGGAAAGAGCGCCCUUCGUUGGGAAGGAUGCACCACCGAUGGCUUUGAAAUUACCUGGGUGGCGCGCUUUGUUAUUCGGUCACCUCGAAAUCCGGCGCGUCUGCCAGCUGAACUGAAGCUGCACAUCUUUGAACUCGUAGCGGCUGAUCAGGCAUAUAGAUUGUCCAACUACGCCUGUGUCUCUGAUGAAUGGCAAUCAUUUUUCGAGAGCAUAACUUUCAAGCAGCUUGUUCUCAAUUCUUCGGGAACCGACCUGGACCAAUUCCCUGCUGCUGUGCAUGGUCGCCUAAAUCUCAUCAGGCAUAUCGUCUUGCGGAUAGAGCUAGAUGAAUACGACUGCACAGUUUGCAACCGCGACGAAGACGAAGAUACCAUGAUUCGGAACGAUGCCCAAUUCACUAAAUCGGUCUUCAACCUCCUCGCUGCUCUCUCAGCCUGGGACGGCUCCGAAUCCCAUCUCAACCCCCGUCGAAGCUUGACACUGGAGCUUUGUGCCUUUUCACCGAGUGACACAAUGCACUAUCUCAAAGACUUCCGCCUGGAGACCGGGUACCCCUAUGUAUAUGCUGAGGAUAUUCCCACUUGCAUAACCGACUACUAUGAACCAUAUAUGACCAACCUCAGGGAAAGAAGAGACAGGGAACUCGACAUAUCGCAUGGCUGGGCAUUUUGUACACGCCUAUCGUCACCAGAACCAGACGCAAGGCCGCGCGCAUUUGAUAUGGCGUCUCACAUUUUGAAAAGUCUGCCAACCUCGAUGAAACAACUGGCCAUCUAUCAUGAUUCAAACCGAACUCUUCACUGUGACCGCCUAGCGAACACGACUUCUUGGCUUGGGGAACAGCUGAGUUUGGCCAGCCGCCAACUAGACGAGCUACGGGUUCUCGCGGUAUCUUUCAUGAUCGACGCUGCUGACUUCUUUGCACCGUACGAACGCAAUGCUGGUAAUACACGUUGGACGGCAUUUGAUGGCGCGGACUACGGGAAGCAAGUCGGGCAAAAUGGCUCUACGAGGCACUGGCGCAGCCUGCGAAUAUUGGCUUUAACCUCGGAAACAUUAUGGAGGGGCAACGCGGAUGAGAUCAACAAGCUACUCCGGAUCGCUUCUGUCGUAUCCUGGUCUUUAAUGCCUCAGAUCGAGGCUCUGGAGAUCUGGUACUCUGAAUACGGGAGUUCUUGCAGCUUUUUUGCCGACGUAGGUCAAGACCCGCCCAUGAUCGUUUGGCGUACCACUCGGGACGGGUUGGAAUCAGUACCAUCGCCCGAUAUUGUUGAUGUCUGGAAUCGAGUGGCUCGAAGGAGAGAAGCAAAUCGAGAUGCUGUGGUGAGAACCAUGAAGAUGGAACAACUUCAGCCCGAGGUGAGAGAUUACUUGCAAUCAGGACAUCGCGUGGGGCUUGAAAAUUUUGUGUUCAACCCAAUUUCGCGGGUUCAGUUGCACUGGGAGGGCAUGUUCGGAUACCAUGGCUAG